AAAUAUAUAUUUGAUAAAUAAAAUUGAUUAUAUUUUAGUCAUUAUUUAGUAUAAUAGUAAUAAUUAAGUAUAAUAGAAGUCACUAAACGAUCUUACAAAAUAUAUUUUAUAUAUUUUUUUAAAAAAUUAAUUUUUAUUUACAAAAUAGUUAUUUUAUGAGCUAUGUUAUAAGAACAAAAUUUUAUAAAAAUAUUUAUAAUUAAUAAAUGUUUUAAACUAUUCAAUACUAUAAUAUAUGUAAGAUAGAAGGACAUUCCUGAGAAUAUAAAUAACUUAAUAGUUUAUUUAAAAGUAUGCAAUAAUUUUAAUACUAUAUUACUGAAUGCUUUUCACUCACUCCUUGCGGUUUUAGUUAUAGAAGAAGAGAAUAGCUACUUUUACUGUCAAAAUAGUAUGUAUAAUGAGUAAAUUUGCAAAAGUAAUUACUAUAAUUUUUUCAUUUCUUUUAACUUGCAUAUAUCCGCUAUCAGCUAGUCAAGGAGGUCGGGAUGUAGAAGUAGGUUUUUCACAAGGAAGAACAGCGAAACAAAUAAUUAUUUCAGCUAUUGAAGAGGCAAAAAUAUCAAUUGAUAUUGCUGCUUAUUCAUUUACUAGCAAACCUAUUGUAUUGGCUAUCGUUGACGCACAAAAUCGAGGUGUUCAUAUUCGUAUCGUUGCUGAUAAAAAAUCAAACUGUGGAAAGUAUACUGCCGUCACCUAUCUCACAAAUCACCGAAUACCGGUAAGGCUAAAUGAUAAAUAUGCAAUUAUGCAUAAUAAGUUUAUGAUUAUUGAUGGACAUUCAGUUCAAACUGGGUCGUUUAAUUAUACACAGAGCGCUGCAUCUCGAAAUGCAGAAAAUGUUAUCUAUUUACGUAAUCAAGUAGAUGUUGCUGAAAAAUAUAUACGAGAAUUUAAUAGAUUAUGGAACGAAGCAGUGGAAAAUAAAUCUACAUAUUAAUACUAUAUAUAGCAAUACUAUAUUUAAUAGAGUGCUAUGCUCUAUAAAUAUUAGCUAAUGAUAUAUUAGUUAAUGACUUGUGUAUGAUUCUUGCUAAAGCGAU